GCAGCCCCUUUGUCGAAUAAUCUCACCGAGGACGUCCUGGACAACUACUACCUGCAACCGGAGGUGCCCGCGUCGACCUCGCUUCCAAGCUUCGCAAGCGGCGAAACGACGCACGCCAGAAAAGAGGUGACGCCAGCGACGAGUCCGACGAGCAGUACCCAAGCCUACAUAGGCCUCAUCACCGGGGUGCUCGCCAUGAUCGUGCUACUAUUAGCCUGCACCGUUUUCCUCAUGAUAAGAAGGGGAAGGAAGAAGGUCGCGCUGUUACACAAACACACGGCGCUGGUGUCGAGCAGCACGAAGCCCGGGGUGACGAUAAACAUGAAGGACCUGAAGAACAUGUCGACGCCCAUCAUUAAUAACGGACUGUCGCGCUCCAGGCUUUCGGUGAAGAGUAAAUCGAACGCGCUCGGUGGCACCGAAUCGAAGAAGAACAAGAAGAGUAACCUGUACGGUCACGUGACUGGGGGCGAGGAGUCGGACAGUGAAAACUCGUCGGUUUACCACGAACCGUACAAGCUACUCCCGAACGCCAAUCAGGAGUACGGCUGCCUGUUGAAGAAGGACCAAAUAGCAUCUAGUAAAAGUGGGGAGUAUACAGAUUUCACGAGCGUCAAUAGUUUCCAAGAGGAAUUGAAAUACACGUCUCCCUCGUUCUACAAUCUGACGCCGCCGCCGCCGCCGGCGUCGCGUCCCCCAACGUACGACGUACAGAAUUUCCAAACGCCCACGAAAACACCGAACGGAACAAUUGCAACGGAAAACUAUUACGCCGCCACCGAUAUUGUAAAG